UCGUGCAUUACGAUGGAUUCAAGUUUGAAUUGUUUAAUAGCAUUUUAAUAAAAUUUAUCAAUUAAGAAAUUUUCAGAUUAAAUUCAGUUUCAUUGUUACAAGAUUAUAUAAAAAGAAUUAUGUUCUUGUACUUUGAUCAGUUAUCGAUGGCGCACAAACAUUUAUGCACAUAGGUGAGACUGACAAAGCUAAUACAUACAUUGACGAGGUAGAGUAAAUGAACAAACAACGGGUUUGGCUUAUUGUGAAGUGUUAACGACUGCUCGUGACGUUGCUGACUUGGUAUAGCUGAUUCACGGAAGGCUCUCACCCCACCACUUGUUCACCUACGCAAACCUCGAAAGUGGCGGACGCAGAAGAGUCGAGACCGUUGUCCAGGACGGUGAAAUUUUUGUUGAUCUCGCUUAUUUGGAAGAAUGGCGCCAGCAAUCAGUAAAUUCGCGACAAAACGCGCGAUAGCUGGUGCAUGUGCUCUAUCUGCGUUAAUAUGGAUCCUAAAAAGAAGAGGCAGGAAACAGAUCGUCAAGAACAAAAACGUGUGGCCCGUCCAUGACAUUCAGUAUGUUAUUAAACAGGAAAAGCCAAAGGGUCCAAAAGCUUAUGUUAACAAAAGGUUUUUCAAGCAACUACGUCAGUUGCUUGGAAUUGGCAUACCUUCGAUUGUAUCAGCUGAAUUUGGAUUUGUUGUUCUGGUUGCGACAUCACUGGUUGCAAGAUCUCUCUGUGACCUUUGGAUGAUUAAUAUAAGCACUUUGAUCGAAUCGUCAAUCGUUAAUAUGGAUACAUCCUUAUUUAAAAAGCGUCUGAUUAAGUUUUUGGCUGUAUUGCCUCUGAUAUCUGUUGUGAACAACGUACUGAAAUAUGGUAUAUACGAAAUGAAGUUGAGGUUGCGUACAAAUAUCACGCGAGACUUACUGGAUCAGUAUCUUAAGAGUUUUACGUACUACAAGAUGAGCAAUUUAGAUAGCCGAAUAGCAAAUCCAGAUCAGCUUCUGACUACCGACGUCGACAAAUUUUGCGACAGCUGCACAGAUCUCUACAGCAACGUCGCAAAACCGUUACUGGAUAUUUUUAUCUAUGUAUACAGGCUCACAACAAAUCUUGGCGGGCAGACACCAGUAUUUAUGCUCUCGUACCUCGUUUUCGCUGGUAUUGUACUAACCCAUCUCCGUAAGCCUAUUGGUCCAAUGACAGUAAAAGAACAACGACUUGAAGGCGAAUAUCGUCAUAUCAAUUCACGGUUAAUCACAAAUUCCGAGGAAAUCGCAUUUUAUCAAGGAAAUAAUAGAGAAAAAUUAACUUUAUUAGCUAGCUUCCAUAAAUUGGUGACGCAUCUACGCAAGUGUUUGGAGUUUAAAACUCUUAUAGGAGUAAUAGAUAAUUUCAUUGGCAAAUAUAUGGCAACAAUAGUUGGUUUCUAUGCAGUAAGCAUACCAUUCUUUCAAAAAGAUCAUCAUAUAUUGUCGGGAACUCCCGAUCAUCGAUUUAAGAGUUAUUAUACUUACGGCCGAAUGUUAGUAAAACUGGCUGAAGCUAUAGGCAGAUUAGUUUUAGCUGGCAGAGAAAUGACACGGCUGGCAGGAUUUACAGCGAGAGUCAUGGAAUUAAAAGUUGUUCUCGAUGACUUGAACUCAGGAAAAUAUACAAGGACAAUGAUUUCCGACUUUAAAGACGAACCAAUUGGAAGUCCAGGCGAAGGAAAAAUCGUGACUAGGGAUAACGUUAUAUGUUUCGAUCGCGUGCCAUUGAUAACACCGAACGGAGAUAUCCUUAUCAGAGAACUGUCGUUUCAAGUAAAAUCUGGAAUGAAUGUAUUGGUAUGCGGGCCAAACGGUUGUGGAAAGAGUUCACUUUUCAGAAUUCUUGGAGAGUUGUGGCCAGUUUGGAGCGGAACAGUUACGAAACCACCGCGUGGAAAAUUAUUUUACAUUCCGCAACGUCCAUAUAUGACUUUGGGAACUCUAAGAGAUCAAGUAAUUUAUCCGCAUACAAAGGAAGAAAUGGUAAGACGCGGACAAAUGACGGAUGACGACCUGAAAAAGUUACUGGAUUUAGUUCAGUUGAGCCACCUUCUGGAAAGAGAGAAUGUUACGAAUACCGAGGGACAAGGUUGGGAUGUUGUAGCCGAUUGGAUGGAUGUCUUAUCAGGUGGCGAAAAGCAACGUAUAGCGAUGGCUCGAUUGUUCUAUCACAAACCACAGUUUGCGAUUUUGGAUGAAUGUACGAGCGCCGUAAGCGUUGACGUCGAAGAUUCUAUGUAUUCAUACUGUAAGGAGGCAAAUAUUACUUUAUUUACAGUUUCACAUCGGCGAUCGCUUUGGAAACAUCACGAGUAUUAUUUACAAAUGGACGGAAGGGGAAGUUACGAAUUCAAAGAUAUCGAGGCGGAUACGGAAGAAUUUGGAUCGUGAAUUUUUGUGUCCCUUGCGUUUGAUGAUACUUACCAAAAUGCAAGGGACGCAUAUAUUAUAUUCUAAUAAUUAAAAUAAUUCACUGUCAAAUCCAUAUUUGACAACAUAUGCAGUGUACAGCACUAUGUAUGUAUUAUAUGUAUUCUGUUAUUAGAAUUGCACAAAUUUACGAGUAUUGUGUAUAUUAAUAUUUUAAAUGUAGUGCAUAAUAACUGUAUAUUUUGAUAUCAAUGUUUUUUUAUAAAAUACGAUGAAAACGUGAAACCGUUACCAGGACACUGCGACAUAGGCCUUAAUAUAAUUGACAUGUUUUUACAAUUAUACUUAAAUGUUAUAAUGUAUCAAUACAUGUUCUUCCAGUACUGUCAAGAAGGGAAGUAGAGGAAUAUCAUUUUUUGGGGUGUUACAUUAAGCUAUUAUUCAACUAAAGCAACGUAUUUUUGAUACUUAACAAUUUUUCACCAUUUCGUACAACCUGUACCAGUAGUGAAUGUUAAAUGUAUCUGGUUCAUUGCAAAAUUUAGUGCAAAAGCGCGCGCGCGCGCGCACAUAUAUAUGCAUCCACAUAUUCACAUGCGACAUACAUGUAUAUGAAAGAAAAUGUAGUUAAAAUCAUUUUCUACUUUAAGGAUAUACUUGUGAUUUGUUAUGUGUAGAUCACAUUAAAUAGGCAUCGCCAGAGCAUAUAGUAUUUGAUUGCUGGUCAAUAAGAAUGUGUAAUAAAAUUAACAAUGAUGAAAAACUA